UCAAUUCAAGUUACGCUCGGAAUCACUCAUCGUCAGUUCCCCUGAGCUCGUCAGCCAGCGUCGCUCUUGGCAUUUACCAUUUUAAAUAUCGAUAACGUUAUUAUUCUCGUGUCUCGUACGAGGAGUGGACGUCUAGGAUGAUUAUAUUCUUAGCGUUUCCUGCAGUGUUGGAUGCCCUAAUUCUGAGUCGUUAUAAAUGAGUGAAUUUCGUUUGAAUAGCUCCCAUCCUGUUGUCAAGUUCAUUCAUUCCCGGUGAAUUGAUUUACCACAAAAUCAAGCUCGAUACGUUUUAAAUAAUAAUCAAUGAUAGAACAUCGUGAAUACUUGAAUAUAGCUGAAUAUGUCCAACAAAAUGAAUCAGGAGGUGCCCUUAAAGGAAAUCGAAGAGGAGCCCGUGCAGCUGGACGAGGUUCUUAGUAAGCUCGGGGCGUUCGGCAAACACCAGCUGUUGACGAUGUGCAUGCUGGCGCUCGUUUACUCAACCAACUCGAUGUACAACGUAAACUAUGUUUUUGCCGUAGAAGAUGUUAACUACAGAUGUCAGGUGCCCGAAUGCGAAUCUGUAAUAACCUCGUUCGCCGCCCCCUGGCAUAACAUAACAUCACUCGACCUUGAAAACGAGGGCUUAAAGCAGUGCUUUCGACACCCACCCCUCAACCAUCAAUGUCUUGUUUUCAACACAAAUCGGACGACAGCAUGCACGGAGUGGGUUUAUGAUGUGCCGAACAGCUUUGUAGCCGAGUUCGGGUUGGCGUGUAACGACUGGAAAGCAACACUAGUGGGUACGAUCCACUGCUUCGGGAGCAUGGUGGGGCAACUACUUCAGGGACAGAUAUCCGACAGAUUUGGUCGUAAAACUGCAGCAGUAUUUGCUGGAACGAUGGGAGCCGUGCUCGGUCUGGCCAAGAGCUGCGCCAACUCUUAUUGGCUCUACAUUGUCUUGGAAGGACUAGAGGCGGCCAUCGGUGACGCACUAUCUCCUAUGUUUAUGUUAAGUAUAGAAAUCGUUGAAAAAAAACGCGCGGUAUUGUAUCAGAUGAUUUUACUAAACUUUUAUACGGUUGGUCAAAUUAUAAUGCCCUUUAUUGCUUGGACGGUGCCCUACUGGCGCAACUUCCUCAGAGUCAUAUACGCGCCCACGCUCAUUAUAUUAACUUACUCCUUCUUUCUUGACGAAAGUAUUCGAUGGCUCUUCAGUAAGGGGAAAAAAGAGCAAGGCAUUAAGUUAAUAGAAAAGAUUGCGAAAAGGAAUAAUGUCAAAAUAGACAAGAAUCUAUUGAACAAGUUGGACUACAGCGAAGAGAAAACUUCGAACAAGUUGAACGACAGGAAAUUGUUAAUGAAGACCUUUAGAUCCAAGAUAAUGAUGCAGAGAUUCCUCGUAUGUAUGGUCUGGUGGUUCACGAUCACUCUGAUCAACUACGGUAUGAUGAUCAGCUCUGUCCUAAUCAACGGAAACAAAUAUCUGAACUUCGCAUUGCUCAUUUUAAUGGACAUACCUGCGAACAUCUUCUAUUGGCUGGCUCUAGCUAAGUACAAAAGAAAGCUUCCAUUGAUCGCGUCCUUCAUUGUCGGUGGAGUUUUCUGUAUAUCGCAGCCUUUUAUGCCAAAAGGCUUGGCUUGGUUGGGACUGGCGCUGUUCAUGGCAUUCGAGAUGCUGGCGACGUUCUCCUACAACAUUGUCUACAUGUACACGUCGGAGCUGUUCCCCACUUACACGCGUAACUCAAUGCAUUCCAUUUGCUCAGCGGUGGGCCGCGUAGGAUCACUCUUGGCGCCACAGACGCCAUUACUGAUGACAUACUGGUCCGGAUUACCAGCCUUAAUAUUUGGUUUAACCUCAUUAGUGUCCGGCGCUCUUACUCUGUUCAUGCCUGAAACAGCGCGGACACAGUUACCCGACACCAUCCGGGAAGCAGAAACAAUCGGCAAAAGAAAAUACAAACACGAUCCAGCCGAAGAGGCAUUGAAAGGGACCUAGAACAAUGACUAUCGAAACGUAACACGAUAUGAAUGAAAAGACAGCAAGGAGAUAAAAUGAAACGUUAAGUAAUAUUUUACGGUAUUAAAAACAUAACCAUAAAUAUGUUUGUCGCAUUAUAACGUAUUUCUGAAGAAAAAAACCCAUUCUGAAAUUUUAAUUAUAAAUAAACCUGUCACUGGUGUUUUUAUAGACCCGUCCCUAAUAUUAUGAGACUAAAUUUUUAACUUAUACUUGUAAAUACAUCGAGGAGGGAGUGAGAGGGCAAGCGCGUUGUUAUUGGAAUCGUGUAUGCUAUCUAGUUUAAGUGUUGGGUAUUUUAAUAGUUUGUAAAAAUGUUAUUAAAGUUUUGUUACAUGA